AUGAACUAUGAUUCAAGUUCUUCUAGUUCAGGUUCUGAGUUUUUUAAUUACAUGGUUCAAGAUUACAUAGAAUGGAGUCAGUCCGUUGAUGCUGAGCAACAAAAUGAAGAAGAAAUUGUACCCCGCACUAGAAAUUUUGUGCUUAGGGAACGUGAGGAAGCUCAUGAAAGAUUGUUUCAUGAUUAUUUCAGCAACGAACCUCUAUACCCCGAGAAUAUUUUUCGUCGUAGGUUUCGUAUGCAUAAGCAUGUUUUCCUUCGUAUUGUCGAAGGUGUAACAAUUCAAGAUGAUAAAUUCUUUAAGCAAAAACCAGAUGCUAUUGGAAGGAUGGGUGCAUCUAAACUACAAAAAUGCACAGCGGCUAUCAGGAUAUUGGCAUAUGGUUCAUCCUCUGAUGCUGUUGACGAGUACCUGAAAAUUGCUUCAAGUACCGCUAGAGAGUGCUUGUCGAAGCGGUUGUUGCUAGAUUUGGAGAUGAAUACUUGA